AUGCAGCCGGAUGACGGCGACGUGCCCAUGGAUGGGGGGCACACUGGUGCUGCGCGUAUGCAUUGCCCAGUGCCAGGCUGCGUAGCAGCAGCCCACCGAGGCCACGCUGGGUGGGAGACCUUUACCGGUCUCCGGGCUCAUGUUGAUGCCCACAUUCUGGGCCAGAUCCCUGGCGCAGUGCCCGCUGAAUGGCUGCGGGCGCGGAACAUGGUCUCAUGCCGAGAGUGCUCCCACCUCAUCAGUCGCCGCUGCAACGGCGGGGUCCACCGCACCUGUCUGGCGGAUCGCAUGGCUGCGAGACCUCAGCCCCUGUCUCUUCCUGGUGCCUGUGGGGAUGCUGACUUGGACGCAGUGCUGGGCAGCCUUCCUUCCUUGGAUGAAAUGUUUUCUGCGCCCGUUGGCACUCGCGAUUUGAUUAGUUCUGCUCUUUUGCCCUCUGCGCAGAAAGAAUUUUUACGCUGCAUUGUGCAGGUCCUCCAGCACAACACAGGCGAUGCUUGGGCUGCCCCGGAGGACUGGCAGACACGGCUCCGCGCAAGCGGUGUCGUCGUAGCCCGUCGUGGCGCGCCUCGGCUUGCACGGCAACAAACAGAUGAGGAGAAGGAGCAGGCAGCCCGUCUGGUCGCAGAGCAGUAUGCCCGCCGAGGCAUGCCAGGCAAGGCCGUGCAACGCCUCUCGGGAGCCCCACCAGCAGCCCCUACACCAGACACUGUUGCUGCCACGCAGGCCAAAUUUCCGACGCGGCCUCCCCACCAAGCAGCCUCUCUACGGGCGGCAGCACCGCCGGCCAAUGACAUUAGCUGCGAUGAGGUGGUGCGGGCGGUACGCUCCUUCCCCCGGGGUGCCGCGCCAGGGCCUACCGGUAUGCGGCCCGACUUCCUCAAGCAGCUUGUUGAUGCUGGGGAUGAGCAGUAUGGAGCGCAGGCCCUGACUGACCUUGUGAACCUCCUUGCUGAUGGGCGGGCUCCUGCUGCUUUGCGGCCUUACUUAGGUGGGGCUCGUGGCACAGCCUUGGCGAAGCUUAGUAAGACUGGCACAGCCGACGCGCGGCCUUUAUGUGCCCGUGAAGCUUUGCGCCGACUUGUUGGCAAGGUCUUGCUGAGGAGUGAGCUUCCGGCAUUGCGGGCGCACUUGUUGCCGCACCAGCUCGCGGUUGGUGUCUCGGCUGGCGCUGAGGUUAUGCCACAUUUAUACCAGCAGUGGGAGCACCACUACCGCGCUGACACCGACCGCGUGUGCCUAUCCUAUGAUGAGGGCAAUGCCCACAAUGUGGUUGAUCGCCAUGUAUUUCUGACCCGCAUGCAGGAGGUAGCCCCUGGCCUUUCUCGCUGGUUAGAAUACAUCUACCCCACCGACAUUGAUACUAAGGUCUUCUUCCACCAUGUGGUCAUUCCUUCCGUUGCGGGCGGCCAACAAGGGUGCCCUUUGAUGACGGCCUGCCAUGCUGUGGUGCAGCGGCUACUGUUGGAAAGCUUGGGCUUGGUUGACCCACCUGCCGGCACAGCUGUGGCACUGCCCACAUUGCAACCGCCCGCUCAGCUGGAUAUGGCACCGUGCUUUGCGGACGAUGGCCUUCUUGCCGGGCCUUCUGGCGAGGUAUUGCGGGCAUUGCAGCAUUGGUCCGUUGUCAUGCCGCGUCUUGGGCUGAAGUUGUCCACUGCCUCUGUUGCUCCGGUUGCGGGGCGCCAGCAUCAGGUCGACCUUCGUCCUUUUGCUGCCUUAGGGUGCGCUCUCUGCGAAGACGGCAAUUUCGAGGUCCUCAAAUCUCCCGUUGGCGAUGCAGACUUCAACCGACAAUACUGUCUACAGCGGGCAGCCCAACAAGCAACUCUAGUGCAAUCGGUUGGUGCCUUGGCGGAUCCUCAGCCUGGAAGCAAGCUCAGCUGCCGGUUGCUAGUGGUGGCCUCGGGCUUCGCUCUGCGGUUUUACUUCGCGGAUGCUGCCUACAUUGGCUCACGUCUCUUGGUUUUGGAGCGGUGCCACGCCCUGUGGACGCCCGCUGCUUGGGAUGGCUUGGACGGUGGCAGUGAACUUGGGUUGGCCAUUGCCCGGUGCAAUGGGUUGCUGCAACAAGCUGGUCUCCAACCUCCUUUGGGGGACCAGCCGGACCGCAGUUUGAGCCAACCGGCCAUCUCACAUCGACUCCGGGAAGUGCACGUUCUGGCUUGGAAGGCAGCUGCAGGCACCGACGAUGUUUGUCGCCUCCACGCAUGUUCUGCGGACUCUGCUGAAACGGUUUUGAACCUUGUCCCUUCGCGCAUACUUGACACCAAUCUCUCCAAGGAUGAUUUCCUGACUUGUUUGGGCGGUCGCCUUGGCGUCGAUAUGUGCCUUGGGGGCGGGGCCUGCCGUUUUUGCGGUUUGCCUAUGGAUGUAAAGGGCCGCCACCCACAAUCUUGUAUGGCCGGCGGUGAUGCUGUUGCUCUCCACAAUGGCUUGCGGGACCUCUUGCACGACUACUGUGCACGGGCCCAGCUGCGGCCCCAGGCACUUUUGGAUGGGCGACGGCGGCCUGCUGACAUCUUCUUGCGAGGUGGGGCUGGCCUUCUUCCAGCCUUGCCUGAUGGCUCCCGGCCCGUUGGGCUUGGUGCCCUCGCCUUGGAUGUGGCUAUCAUCAACUCCUUGGGCCCCAGCCACUGGGAUGACACCUUACGCGGGGCGCCAGAUGCUGUCACUGCCUACGCGCAGCGGAAGCGGGAUCACUUGGAUACCGCGGCCUCCUGCCAACAAGUAGGCAUUCAUUACCAGCCCCUUGUGUGGGACAUCUAUGGUGGGUGCACGGCAGCAACGCGGGCUUUCCUUCACCGCCUGGCUGGCUUGGUAGCCACAGUCGAGGGCAUUGAUCUGACCCUUCCUGGACCAGCUUGCUGUCGUGCUGGCGCGAGGAGCUGGACGGGCAUUGCGCCGUCGGCGUCGUGGUGCCGCGGCGCCACCACAUGUUUUCACUUGAAUUUGUACAGUGUGAUGGUCUACGAGACGUAGACAUUAUAUCAUCACUGUCUGUGAACUCCAAACCGAUAUGUCCUGUACUGGAUAUUAGAUUCUUGUCAGGCCUCCCAUCGAUAGAACAAGGAGCAACCUUCUCCAUUUUUAACCUUUCCUUUUCGCGUAAUGGUCUAACAUUGUCGAACCGGUCACAGGUUCGUCGGCACCUUGCCUUGCGUGCAGGAAAGUGAGGUAGACCUGCUCUUUGAGCUUUCCGCAGGAACCAUUUCAAUCCCAUUCAGUCUAGCAUUCAGUCCGUCUACACCGUCUAAGCCUCUUAUAGAAUGUUUCUCUGCCAUAGACCUGAGGCAGAAGCAGUACGAGCGAUUCCGCGAGCGUUUGAUUGAGGGUAUGCCCAAAGAGGCCAGAGGGUAGGCCGAUGGAGAG